CCAUCUUCUCACGCCUCCUUAGCCACAGUCAAUUAACAAAAGCCGACUGCUUCGUGACAGCGUGUUUUUUUAUCUUGUGCAGCAUCGUAAUCUCUGGCCGAGUACUUGAACAAUUGGAGGCGACUUUUUGUCAAGUCACUCGGACUAUUCAUUUUACACGCGAUACUUGGUCGGGCGCCAGUUACAUCGCACGUCGAAUGGUGUGAUAUUUUUUUCUCCGCGUUGAUAAGCAUCGCUGCUAUCGAUAUCGAAGAUUGCGCGACACUCCGAUAGAUCGUAGCUCGUAUUUCGGCGUGCAGUCUCGAUCGAUCUCUCAAUAUGACUCGAGCGUGGAUAAUCGCUGUUCUUUUGCUGGCUGCAACUCUGUCCACGAGCCAUGGCUUGCGUAUCCUGGGUAUAUUUCCACUCCAGGGCAAAAGCCACUUCGUCAUGUGCGAGGCUUUGAUGAGAGGACUGGCCGCCAAGGGCCACCAGGUCGACGUCUACAGUCACUUUCCGCUGAAGAAACCGAUUCCCAACUACAAGGAUUAUAGCUUGGCUGGAACGCUGCCGGCCCUUGCCAACAACAUGACCUACGACUACAUGAACUCGUUCGGUGGGGUCAUCUCGAUACCGGUGCUCAUGAAUUUGAUCGGCAAUCCUGUUUGCGAGUUGCUGAAUUUACCGAUUUUCCAGAAUCUUAUUAAAAAUCCACCCAACGAUCCACCUUACGAUCUCGUCAUUAUAGAGAUGUUCUUGUCGAACUGCUACUUAGAACUCGGGCAUCAUUUAAAUGUUCCGAUAGUCUCGAUGGUGACCACCAGCCUCUUCGAGUGGAUGUACCGGCCGCUCGGUAAUCCCUCGCGCCUAGCGGUGGAGCCAACGACAUUUUCCGGCGGCUAUCAUCCGAUGUCGUUCAAGGAGCGUCUGAGCAACGUCGUGCUGAGUCACUACUUCGAAAAUUCGUUCAACAGAGAGGCUCGCAAUGCUCAAAACGCCAUGGUCGAGAAAGCUUUCGGGCCCGGAAUGCCCGACGUCAUCGACCUCCAGAAGGAGAUAUCUCUGACCCUGGUAAAUUAUCAUCAUGCCUUGAACGGCGUGCGAGCUUUCACGCCGUCGGUCGUGCCCGUGGGCGGUAUCCACGUUUUCGAAAACGAAGAUGUGCUACCGGCUAAUGUCAAGACAUUCAUGGACGAGAGCAAGGAUGGUUUCAUUUACGUCUCGUUUGGCUCGAUGGUGCAAAUCGAAACGUUCCCCGAACACGAUAUCAAAGAACUAUAUGCCAGCUUCAAAAACAUAGCGCCAAUUAGAGUUGUCAUGAAAAUAGCCAAACCGGAACUGCUACCGCCCGGCUUGCCUUCGAACGUUAUCACGCACUCUUGGUUGCCGCAAGUCAAAGUCCUGAAGCACAAAAAUAUUAAGGCCUUUGUUACACACGGUGGACUUAUGGGUACGCAAGAGUCUAUUUACUACGGCGUACCGCUAAUAGGAUUUCCUCUAUUUGGCGAUCAGCACUUCAAUAUUGAGUCGUACGCAAAGAAAAAUUUGGCCAUCAAACUUGAUCGUCAUAAUAUUAAAGAAGAAACAUUGACCGCAGCCAUCAAAGAAAUCGUCAAUAAUCCCGCGUACAAAAAUUCAGCUGAUAAGGUAGGCAAAGCUUUUAGAGACGCCCCAUUGAGUCCGCUAAACACGGCGAUUUAUUGGGUAGAAUACAUAGUCAAGCAUGGAAAAUAUUCACUUAGACCUCCGAUAGUAGAUUUGCCUUGGUGGCAGGCUUCUUUGCUAGACGUAUAUGCAUUUUUAGCUGCAAUCUUCAUUUUGUUAUUAGUGAUUUUCUACAAGCUAGUAGCAAUCUUAAUCAAGCUGAUAUUUAAUUUACAGAAAUCAAAGCCACGAAAAAUGAAAAAGAAAUGAUUUCAUUUUUAAAGACUUUGCAUU